AUGGACGUCGAGAAGAAAGGAGUCGUGGAUCCAAAGUCCGACCUGGACGAAGGGCAGGCACAUGCAUUCGUGGACGACCCAAAAGCUGAGAGAAGAGUGCUCUGGAAGAUCGAUAUGGUUGUGCUACCGAUGAUGUGCCUAGUCUUCUUCACGCAACACCUCGACAAACAAUCCCUUUCGUACGCCUCAGUAUAUGGCCUGCUCGAAGACCUCAACCUCAGUAGCCAUCAAUACAGCUGGCUGACAAGCUGUUUCUACCUCUCUCAGCUGGCAUCAGAGUGGCCGUUCAUCUACCUGAUGAGUCGCCUGCCGAUCGCGAAAUUUGUUGGCGGCACAGUCAUCCUCUGGGGUGCGGUGUAUAUGUGUCUUGCCGCGCCAAACAACUUCGCAGGCUUCGCGGCCGUACGCUGUCUCCUUGGCCUCACCGAAGGCGCGGUGUCGCCAGCGUUCAUCACGAUAACUUCGAUAUGGUACCAGAAGGAGGAGCAUCCCCUGCGAGUUGGCAUGUGGGUUACGUACAACAGCAUUGCCCAGAUCGCCGGAUCUUUGAUGAUGUACGGCAUCGGAGAGAAUCUGUCCCAUCUUUCCAUUCAACCCUGGCGACUGAUGUUCCUUCUUGCUGGUGCGGUCACCAUCUUCGCUGGCAUCCUGUUCUUCUUCGCGAUGCCCGCUGGCCCUGCAAGCGCUUGCUUCCUGACCGCAGAAGAGAGGCACAUCGCAGCCAGGCGCCUUGCUUCGCAGCAUGAUGGUGGCGACAAGAUAUCCUUCUCGUGGCCGCAGUUCAAAGAGGCUUGCUUCGAUCUGAAAACGUUCCAUGUCUUCAUGUUCGGACUGCUGGUGACCAUGUGCUCGCCGGUUCUGACCUUCGCAUCGCUGGUAAUCAAGAACCUCGGCUACACUUCGUCCGAGACGCUCCUAUACGGACCACCGUCUGGAGCUGUGCAGAUCGUGUUCAUCUGGAUUGGCGUGGCGGGCUGCUUGUGGUUUCCGGAUCGCCGUAAUCUGGUUGUGUUGCUGCUAUGCAUCGUGCCGCUCGUUGGCUGCAUCCUGCCCACGGUCCUGCCACUGUCGGCUGGCUGGGGAAAGAUAGUGGCGUCUUGGCUGGCGAGUGUCAUCAGCUCACAGUUCAGCAUUCUCAUGUCGCUGUCAGCCAGCAAUGUGCGGGGCAAUACAAGGAAGGCCUUUGUGAAUGCGGUCUUCUUCGUGACAUAUAGUACAGGCUGUAUUGCCGCGCCUCAGCUCUGGACCACGCCGCCUCGAUACUCAGCUGGUGUCAUCUGCGCUUUGGUCGACUGGGGCCUCGUGUAUGUCUUCAUACCUUGGUAUUGGUGGCUAUGUUGGAGGGAGAACCGUGAGCGCGAUCGGCAAACUGGCGAGGCCAUAGCGACUUUCGUUGCAGGCGCGGACAUGACUGAUAAGCAAGACAAGGGAUUCAGGUAUACCACCUAG